AAAUACAAAUCAAGUCACGUGGUCAACACUAAAGCGCAAUAGACCAGCGAACAGGCAGAACAUAUUGAAGGGCUUGGUGUUGAAGACAUUUGGACUCCGGAAUCCAUACCUCCAGAACCGCACCGCUGUGCAGCUGCUGUGCGCACUGGGGGAAACAUAAAUCAACUUCCAUAAAACUCACCAGAACGCUCGCCUAAUCACCAAAUUGGUAGAUGAAAUGACACAAUAUCAUUAAAAGGAACCUCAGUGCCGUUUUAUAAUCCUACAGAGACGCAGGCAGCACAUAAAAGCCAAGGGCAGACGCUUUAGCGGUAGGAGCACUCCUCCUAAUUAAGCCAUUGAACUUCGGCCACGACGCUGCCCUUUAGAAAAAUACACCUUACACGCGCCGGGCUGUGGGUGCGAGGCGGGCCAGCCAAUAGGAGAAGGGUUUGAAUCAAGGUCAAGGGAAGAUGCUCAACAGCACCGCGGCGCAUUGGAUGGGAACCGAGGCUACCUAAGAAGCUAUACGAGAAAACCCGACGGUCGCCGCGCGGGGAUGGGAAGUCAUUCACCUGCCGCGUGCCUCUAAGCGAUGUAGAGCCCCCCUGGCUUUAAAUAACCAGCAGCACCCAUGACCCUGACGAGAGGUUCCUUCACCUACACCAACGGCGAGGAGUACCACGGAGAAUGGCGAGAAGGCAAGACCAUGUUACUAUGCUCCAUCAUCAACUUGGUUACUAUGCUCCGUCAUCACCACGGGCUCCGGCAUGGCCUGGGCCAGCUGAACUUCAGCGAUGGGACAUGCUACACGGGACAGUUCGAGAACGGCCUCUUCAACGGAUGUGGGGUGCUGGUGUUCCCUGACAACUCCAGGUACGAGGGGGAAUUUGUCCAGGGGAAGUUUCAAGGUAGCGGUGUCUUCUGUCGCUUCGACGGGAUGAAGUUUGAAGGAGAGUUUAAGAACGGCUGCAUCGACGGAUACGGGGUGCUGACGUUUGUUGACGGCGUUCGCGGUGCCGGCGGCGGCUGUCAGGAGGGCCUGUUUGAGUCCAACCAGCUGGUGCGGCGGGAGACAAGCCAGGGGGCGCUACAGCGGGCGCAGGGUGUCGCUGCCAAGGCCCGUGCCCUGGCCAAAUAACCAUCCACUACCCAACAUGCCCCUGGGUUAGGAUCCCUCCAUCCCCUUUGUCUGUGGUUAUCUUCUGUUUUUUAAGAGCUGUGUGUUGUUUAUUACUAAACAAGACCGGACCGUCUGGUCCGAAAGGGACCAGACGGUCUUGAUCCCCUGCAGCCAAACUCACCUUCCGUCUUUCUGCUGCUGAUGACACCUGGGUGCUCUCUCUGGUCUGAGGUUCAUUUCGACUGGACAACUCAAGAGUUCCUUGACCUGAAGUUUGACACGGACAGUAUCGCCGUAGGCUGAUGUUAUUCUCCAAUCCGUUGCAUGACUCAUGCAGGCAGCAAUCCAUAUCUUGCUUGGGGUACUCUGAAAACCAACCUCCAUGGGUCAUGCUUCAACAAGCACGAUCAACAGCCUUGUUACAACCAAUUACCCCGAGACACGGUGCUUUGGUUCAUGUUAGAUUGGUUGUAUUUGCCUCUAAUAUCAUGCAGUAUUUCUAUUUCUCAACACUCAGUGCCACAGUGACACAAGCUGGUCAAGGAUCAGUUUGAUUUGUCCUUCUCUGUGCCAUUCACAUGCUCUGCCAGCUGCAGCUGACCCAGAGUCAUCAUUGGCUCGUCAGGAGCUGGGGGGGGGCGGGGCUAGGGCAGGUGGAGGUGGGGCUGGGGACUAGAGCAGCAGUUCCUGACCUUUCAGCUCCAACUUUUGCUCCCCAUUUUUAGGGCGAAAUACUUCUACUUAUUUUAUUUUUUAUAUUUUCUGCUUCCCCACAUGUUUUAACCCUAGGGACAUCUGGACAUAUUAUCAAAGCUCCAGACCUUGUAUGAGGACUGCACACUUGAUAGUAAGCAGUGGUAGCAGUAGCUUGCUUGGCUGCGAAUCCUAAGGAAGUCUGUUUAUAUGCACAGGAACUUUCAAAUCUCUAAAUUGUGCUCCAUCAUAUAUCUAUAACUUGGGAUUCUGCUGACGUCAGUGCCGUGUUUUCAAGUACUUUAAAGUGUUUUAAAAAUGUUUUAAAGUCAGUGGCAGUUAACGGUUUGACUUGCGAUGUGAAAUGUCUCAUACAUGUGCACUCAGGCCUAAAGAAAGCCUCACUCUGCCUGAAAACACUUCUUGUAUCACAAAGUGAAUGAAACCACUCUUCGUUAGUGGGACCUUGCUGUUGUGGGUGUCUCAGGCUGGUCUUUCUCUCAGAGUACAGUCCACGUCCAUGUUCCCCUUCCCGGGUCUCCUAGCUCUAGUCCUGGUCUAAACCCUGAACCAUACUUCUCCACGUGUUCUGGCAAACUAAGCUAAGUGUAGCUGGAACCAAAAAACUAGGAGAUCGAACUGAACUCAAUGUUUGAGUACUGCUUAUUAGCAACAAAUAAUGCAAAAACACAACAUUCUUGAACAUUUGAAGCAAUUAGUUCUGAAAAUAUAAUACCUUGUCACAAGCUACAUCAAUUUAAACAAGGCUAUUUGCUUAUGCUUUUAAAAAAAGGUGGCAUAUAGCCUCCCGGGACCUAAAUACCUAAACCAGUCUCCUAAAUAAAUUGCACCUCAUACAUACUGAUGUUUAGAAAGUAAACAUUACAUAUGUUUUUGUAUUGGUUUGUUUUCUGCCAAGGUCAGGUUUGCCUCAUGCAUUUCAGAUGCAUUUGUGGCACGCGUUGGAUUGUUUCAACAUGUGCUUAGACAUUUAAUAGCAUAGCUUGUUAUGUCAAAUACAAGUAGGCGGAUUUAGAUCAGGCUGUGUUGUAAAGCUCAGUUUGUCAGAACACUUCUACAGGAAGCUUUGUUCCAGACCCGAUUAGAAGGAGCAAGAGGAGACCUAAGCAAAAAAAAAAAAAAAAAAAAAAAAGAUCAAAAAUGUAAUCAAUCCUUUAAACCUUUUUAGGAUAACUUGAGAACACCCACAGUACUUAUUGUAAAGCCUUUUGUCAGGAAGUGUAGCCAUCUUACCAGAAAGAGAAAAACAAAACGAAUCUCACUUUCAAGUCAAAUGGUUUACCCUGUGUUAAGCCUGUUAAGAUGGUGUGGUUUACCGGCGAACCAGCUUUCAGACACUAUUACAGAGCCUAGUGAGCCCACAGUCUCACUUGUUUAUUGAUGUCACUUGGAUGUUGUGUCUUUGUGUAUUUAUUAACAGAAAUGUCAAAAGAGAAAAAGACAACGCUAGACUAACACUGACUAUGUGAAUAAGGUGCCUAAUAGGAAUGUCUUGUCUGUGUGUGUAAAAUACGACUGGAAUUUACUGUGCUGCAUGUCGCUAUGCUUUACUCACUGUGCUGUACUGUUGACUACUAAGUGGACUUACAGUGGAUUCAGAUACAUGUCAUUAAGUAGCAGGUAGGGGGCUAGGGGGCCUCUGGCUCGAGGAGGCUUUCAGGUACACUGCGGACACGGACCUUUUGACCGGGCUAAAUUAGACACCCUAGCCCCCCAGACUUUCUGCUCGUGGCCAUGCUCUAUUCACUGUUAUGCAUGUAUGGGGGAUGCCCCGGUUUUAUCCAGUGGAUAAUCACUAAUACACACAACCUUUAAUCACAAAUACAGUCCAACAUGUUUAAAAUGCAUUGCCACAAUGCAAGAGUGAGUAUUUCAAUGUUAGAUAUGAAAAAACGGAGUGAUCCAAAAUAUACACAGUUGCUGCACGUUACAUAUAUGUUACAUGGGUAAAGAUUGGUGGGAUAUCCUCAAAUGUAAAGUAUGAUGGGUAACUAGCUUCUGCGUGUGGAACUAGUGGCAGUGUGGGGAAAUGCAUUAUAUAUCUGUAGAAGUGUUCUUUGUCCUUUGUGUGAAGUGUUUAGCGUUUUUCUUGAGGCUUUAUGACUGUUUCAUUUCUAUAAGCUUGUUUUGUACACCUGUACAGGGUGGGUGACUUUAAAAAUGCACGUGCACUGAUGCUAAAGGCCGAUUCGCACAAUCAGAAACUCAAGAUGUAAUCACUGCUUUAAUUCCCACUGCUUUUACUGUGCCUUUUUCUCUCAAACACACACAAACGUGGCCGGAUUCUAGAUGCCAACAGCAAUCCAUAUAUCAAUGUAUUAUUAUUACACUAGUUAUUAUUCGACAAAAUGAAACCAAAUAACAAGCAAUGAUCUCUAGAACGAUGAUGAAAUACAGAAACUGUCUAUAACUACUGAGUGCAAAAAUAUUUAAUUGCCUGUUUAAAAAGACGCUAAAGCAGCAAGGCUCGCCCACACACAUACAGACACACACAAACACAGAUACAUAUUGGACAGCCUAUAGAGAGCUACAGAACUAAUUGUGAGAAUUGUAUUAUCACUUCCCAUUUCUUAUAGAAGUGUUGAAAUACGUGUGUAGAGCUAGCUAGCUGACAUGGUAUGGCUAGUUUAAAGACUGCUAGCGGGAUCCCUGAUAACCUUCCGUAGAGAUGACAGAGUGGAUUAGAUUCACUGCAUUGGUAACAUUGACCACACUCUCACCUUGUGGAAACCACACUUGAAUUUGAACGAUAACCAUCUAAAGAAAACACGCAUAGAAAAUCACACACGGCAUCAUCACACCCCAUGGAGGGCACCCUGGACCUCACAUUCACAACGUGGGGUUUCUGAUUGAAAGGCAUGCAGACAAGAAGCUGGCCACCUCAAACUCUAGGGUCUGCUUGCUGGUACACAAGCUGCAUUGUCUAUUACGAGCCAUAUGAUGCAGAUGCCUCCAAUGGAUUAGACAUGGAGUAAUUAUGUCACAAAUAAAAGCGUGCAGUGUAUAUAUUGCAACAAAUGCGAGGGGACAAACAACAUGGUUUAAUUAAAUAAAUAAAUACAAUUAAAUAACA